GCUCAUUCCCUCCCCCUUGUGGUUGAGAUUACCACAUCAUGACAUGCCGCAUCCAAUUAUUUGCUCUCUCCCCCCCUUGAAAUACCCUCCCCGCUUUCUCUUUCUUCCCCAUUCUUCUUCUUCUCCCCUCUUCCUCUCUGAUCAGACUUGAGUCCACAGGCGCUUUGGGAAGAUGAGAGAGAUCCUCCAUGUUCAGGCGGGGCAAUGUGGAAACCAGAUCGGUGCCAAGUUCUGGGAGGUGGUGUGUGACGAACACGGCAUCGACCCCAGGGGCACUUACGUUGGGGACUCUCAACUCCAACUCGAACGCGUGAAUGUGUACUACAACGAGGCCAGCGGUGGGAGGUACGUGCCCCGCGCGGUGUUGAUGGAUCUCGAGCCUGGCACCAUGGACAGCCUGAGGACCGGGCCGUACGGCCAGAUUUUCCGGCCGGACAACUUCGUGUUCGGGCAGAACGGUGCCGGAAACAACUGGGCCAAGGGCCAUUACACCGAGGGUGCCGAGCUGAUCGACUCUGUUCUUGAUGUUGUUCGCAAGGAGGCUGAGAAUUGUGACUGCCUUCAAGGUUUUCAAAUCUGUCACUCCCUAGGGGGUGGAACUGGAUCGGGCAUGGGUACCCUAUUGAUAUCCAAGAUCCGGGAGGAGUACCCGGACAGGAUGAUGCUCACGUUCUCGGUGUUCCCAUCCCCGAAGGUGUCCGACACCGUGGUGGAGCCAUACAACGCGACGCUGUCCGUCCAUCAGCUUGUGGAGAACGCGGACGAGUGCAUGGUCCUGGACAACGAAGCCCUCUACGACAUCUGCUUCAGGACACUCAAGCUCACCAACCCCAGCUUUGGGGACUUGAACCACCUGAUCUCCACCACCAUGAGCGGCGUGACCUGCUGCCUCCGCUUCCCCGGCCAGCUCAACUCCGACCUCCGGAAGCUCGCCGUCAAUCUCAUCCCUUUCCCCCGCCUGCACUUCUUCAUGGUCGGUUUCGCUCCUCUCACCGCUCGAAAUUCACAACAGUACCGGGCUCUCACCAUCCCUGAGCUCACUCAGCAAAUGUGGGAUGCCAAGAACAUGAUGUGCGCCGCGGACCCCCGCCAUGGUCGCUACCUCACAGCCUCGGCCAUGUUCCGCGGCAAGAUGAGCACCAAGGAAGUCGAUGAACAGAUGAUGAACGUCCAGAACAAGAACUCUUCCUACUUUGUGGAGUGGAUCCCCAACAAUGUCAAGUCUAGUGUCUGUGACAUACCUCCCACUGGGCUGUCCAUGUCCUCGACGUUCAUGGGCAACUCGACGUCGAUCCAGGAGAUGUUCCGCAGAGUCUCGGACCAAUUCACUGUCAUGUUCCGGAGAAAGGCCUUCUUGCACUGGUACACAGGGGAAGGAAUGGACGAGAUGGAAUUCACAGAGGCAGAGAGCAACAUGAAUGAUCUUGUGUCGGAGUACCAGCAGUACCAAGAAACCGGAGUCGAAGAAGGGGAGGAGGAUUAUGAAGAAGAAAUUGCGGAGAACUAGUAAACUUGUCUUGUUUAUAGUUAAUUGUAUUGGUUUCUUGUGAUUACAGCUUAAUACGUGUUUAUGAUUCGAUGCCAUGUUGUGCUUUAUUUGUAUUGUGUUCACAUUAUUUAUAGAAAAUGGAAGCUAUUUGUGUUUGCUUCGA